CUCAGGGAGGACUUAACAUACCGCCUCAUUUUCCCAACGUAGCCUUGAGGGGUGGUUUUCCAACUUAAAGAACUAUUUUCUCAGGUCAUUGUGUAUAUUUUUCAAAACAACGCGGUCAAAAUGUUAGAGCUCUUCAAAGCCAAGAAAUAAAUCCACUCAAUGCAUCGAAACUGAAAGAUUAUUAACCAAAUAAUGCUAAUUUCGUAUAAUAACGUGUAACUGCAUCCAAACAAAGAAAAUUUAGAAAAGUAGACACAACACUAUGUUUUUGUCUCAACCAGGAAGUGUUUAAACGUGAUCAACGUGACGGAAGAUUGAGAUCAUCUGACCAAUCAUCGAAGAAGAGGCGGAAGUGUCUCAAAGAAACGAGAGGGUUCCCUCUUUCUAUUUCCGUUUAUUAACUGCACAGAGCCACAUGUUAUGGCUGAUGUCAGCAAGACUGUAAAGGUUCAGUUGCACGCGCCAGAUUUACAGGAGCUGCGUGGUGUAUUACAAGAAGGACUGGAAGAUAACUUUGCUGAAGUUCAGGUGAGUAUUGUGGAAUGUCCAGAUCUCACCAAAGAGCCCUUCCAGUUUCCUGUUAAAGGCUUGUGUGGAAAGCCUCGCAUCACUGAUGUUGGUGGUGUGCCGUACCUGGUCCCCUUGGUUCAGAAGCACAAGGAAUACAACAUGAACACCAUAUCAAAGGAGCUGGAGCUGCCAGGAGCCUUCGUCCUUGGUGCAGCAGCUGCCCCUUCCAGAGUAGUUGGAAUGAACGCAGAGCUGAUGCCUCUGGUUCUGACCGAAGCGGAGGGACAGCCUGCAGUAAACAGCAGCUACUUCGCCUCCAUCAAUCCUGCCGAUGGCCAGUGUCUGCAGGAAAAAUACAGCAACAAAUUCUCUGACUGCAACUUUGGACUGCUGGGCAAUCUGUAUGCAUGUGAAGGGAAGUCUGGAAAGGUCCUAGAGGUGCGGGCCAAGAAGAGAACCGGGGUCCACAGUCUGGUGACGGCCAUGAGGAACACUCUGGAGAGUCACUACCCUGAAAAAAGCCUGGCUCUGGGAGGCACCUUCAUCAUCCAGAAAGGGAAAGCUAAAAUCCACAUCAUGCCAAGAGAGUUCUCUGCCUGCCCCCUCGACACCAACGAUGACGUCAACAACUGGCUCAAGCAUUUUGAGGUCAGCGCCCCCCUCAUCUGCCAGUCAGUGCUGGUAUCCAGAGACCCUGGUCUGGACCUACGCGUGGAGCACACACACUGCUUCAGCCACCACGGAGAAGGUGGUCACUACUACAUUGACACCACUCCGGACAGUGUGGAGUACCUUGGCUACUUCAUGCCUGCAGAGUUUGUGUACCGCAUCGACAGGCCCAAAGACACCCAUGCAGUUGGAAGAGAUUGAAAGAUGGAAGAAUGAAGAAUGAAUAAAUCAUGUUUGCAGUCCAGCAUUUACUGGCAAUCAAAAUCUGGAUGGUUGGUUUAUCAACAAUUGAUUCAAGAUAAUCAGUUUGACUUUGACCAAAUAAAAGAAGGCUCUUAUUAGUUUCUGGUUCUGGGAAAAUAAGAAAACCUAUAUUGUAAACAAAAUCAAUACAUUUCAUAUAAUAAAAUGUUUUGGAGGGACUGUUUUUCACUGAA